AAGUAUUGGCAAAUUAAUCUGACAAAGUUGAUAGUCGGAGAAUUCCAGCUUCUGCUUUUUUUUAGAUUUAUUAAAACGACAUCGCGAUUUUUUCAGAUAAAGAAAUUACCAUUAACCAACGUAAACCAAUCACAACUUUUAAAAAUUCAUCAAGUUGCCAUCUGCAAAUUUAUUUUAAAUUUUCAAUAUUUGCUCCAUUGAUUUAUAAGUAGUAGAUCAGCUUUAGAGUUCCUUUAGAAAAACUGCUUCUUGCACUUGAAGGAGUCAAAUAUAGUUUGAUCAAUCUUCACGUCUUUGAGUUCAAUCGAUAGAUACACUUAAUGAAUAAGGUCGCUACCUAUAUAUACCCAAAGGAUUAACUUAUUUCGUUAUUUGCUGCAACAGUCGUUAUAGCUGCACAAAGAACAUCAAAAUCGGUCGUCAUUUAUUAAGAGAUUUGAAACAAGAUUUGCUCUCCUUUUGUGGCUUAUUUGACGCUAACUUUAGAAAUUUCUAUUCAAACUUCAUUCACUCGAUAAAAGUUACUUUGAGUUAAUUGAAAUGUUAUUGAGUUUUUUUCUUUUCACGUGUUUGUUUUUCACGUUCACACUUCGUUUGUGUCGCAGUUCAAUGACUGGAACUUAUUUGUACGAAUACCAGGAAAACCUUCUCUGGACGGCGGAGAAAAAUACUCCGGCACUUCGGCUGCUUCGGGACCUCACUCGGAAUUACAACCCAAAUGUGAGGCCAGUUCUGAAUGACAGUGAUACUACGGUAGUCGAACACCUGUAUAUAUUGCAUCAGAUUGUGUAUCUGGAUUCAAAAGAGCAGCGGCUGAAGGCUCUCUACUUUGAAGUGUGGAAAUGGGAGGACCAGUUUCUCCAGUGGGAUCCGCAGGACUACGGAGGAAUCCAAGAGGUCACCCUCAGUCGGGAACAGGUGUGGAUGCCGGAUAUUGUGGUGUACAAUGAACUGGGCGACAACUACAACUAUUUCAUGAAGGAGAACCUCAUACCUGUCAAUAUUAACUACAAUGGAGAAGUGAAAUGUGAGACGCCCCUGAUGUUGGAGACCAUCUGCAUGUUAGACAUCAGUGACUUCCCCUAUGACAGACAAGACUGCAAGGUCAAAGUGGGUUCAUGGAGUCAACCGGUCAACAAGAUCACAAUCCUCCCCACCAACCGAAGCGAGGAUGGAAACGGAAUUGACCUUUCAAAGUAUUUGGAAAAUUCAGAGUGGAAGCUACUGGAAACCUACUCUGUGAAUGACAACAACAUGACCUACCCCGGCGCACCAAUGCCUUUUUCAGAGCUGGAGUACACGUUAGUGUUGGAGAGACGGAAACCCUUCUACGAACAGAACAUGAUACUGCCCACUGUCUUGACUUCAUCCAUGUCAAUUCUAGUGUUUCUUCUGCCCCCCGAAAGCGGGGAGAAAAUCUCGCUCGCAAUCACCAUCUUCCUCGCUCUAUCUUUAAACAUGCUCGUCAUUUCGGACCACAUUCCUGUAAACUCCCUUCAAAUUCCAGUUGUCAGCAAAUAUUGUUUAUUUUCUCUGGGUACUAUAACAGUAUCGCUCUGGAUGUCGAUAAUUGUGAUUAAUAUCCACGGGUACAGAACCCUAAGUAAUACACACUACAUUACCCAUCCGCCUCAAAUCCUCGUCAAACUGAGCCGAAAGUUGUGGCCUUAUAUAAGUAUCAGAAACACACCAGUAACCAUGCGUAAAAAAUCCAGUAAAAAGAAUGAAUCAUCGUAUGCGAAUGGCCCGACGUGCUUUCGAAUGAGAGAGUGGAAAAACAAGGGAGACUCGACAAAGAAACCGGCAACAAUUUACCAAAAUGGUGUAGUUGAAUUAUCUACAGAUCCUAUGUACGAGAGACAUGCUCAACUAGAAAACAACGGAUCGAUUCCCUCCCAGUGCUUAUACAGCCGAAUAGACGAGGAUUGUCUCAAAGCCGAAAGCCAAUGCACACUCUCUGCGAAUACUCGUUCGAUUUACCGCACAAACCCCAAUCUGAAUAACAUCAGUAACAAUCACUUGCAGAACACUUAUAAUUUCAACAGUAAUCACUUGCAGAACACCACUAUGACCUCAAACAUAAAAGGUCAAGGGCAGUGUUGCUCAGUACACUGUUCCAUUCUUGAGACCUUAAUUCUGAAUCUUACAAAUUUAAGCGAGACCAUAGUAAAAGGUUUACCCUCGGAACAUUCUGAUGCAGGGAGUAAUAAUCAGGAGGCGGACCUAAUAGUUCAGGAGUGGACGCUGAUGGCGAGUGUUUUGGAUCGUCUUCUGGCUAUUUUUUACCUGGUCGCCAAUGGUUUUGUGACUGUAUACUGUUUUUACCCAUAUUAUCCUUAA